AGAUACAGCACUGCAUUUUACACUUGUCCACAAACCUACCUGUCAGGCUGGACCAGUCCAAAAUGAAAACUGUGAGGUAAGUGGCAGCCUCUAAAGUAAAUUAUACAAAACACUGUUUUUCACCGCACACCUCACACACAUUCAGGAAGUGUGUGAACUGAAAGCAGAAAGUCAGAGACCUUGAUUUAUAUUAAACACAGCAGCUGUGAAGGUGAGAGAGAGAGAAACAGUAGGAUGGUGACCCUUGUCUGAGCAGCUCACUGAUCUGUCAGCUGCACAGAAUGUCUGGAAUCUAAGUAACAAGGAGUGGAAGAGUAAAGACGAAAUGAAAUGACAUGUAAGGGAGGGAACACACGAAGAGCUACAGGUCCUAAGGAGCUUAUGACUAAUACUGCACCCUAAGAGAUGAGACAUGCUGCCCGGCAGGUGAGUUUCACGAUGUGUUGAUUUCUGUAUUUUCAUAUUUUUCUUCGACUUAUUUUAAUAUUCUCCUUACUUUCUUAUGUCAACACGAGCUGGUGGACAAGACUGCUGAAGAACGUGAAAUGUGCUCAGAACUGAACUUGUGAACCCUGAACAGGUGCGUUAUCUCAGGAACUCAUCAUCAGGAUUGUCACAAACAUCGAGAUAAGGUGUGUUCUGGGCAGCUAUUCUCGACAUGGAAAUACUGUGACUUUUUGUCAAAGGUAUGAAUGAAAUGAUCAUUUUAACUAGAUUGAAAGGUGACAUGAACUGGCCCCAAAUAGUCUUGUCGUCACACAUCUGUCAUUAGUGGGAACUUUGAUCCUCCCAGAGACACACACCUGGCUGCGGUCAUGUCAAAGUCCCAAGAGCAGAGCCUGGAUGAGGAUGCAGUGUUCCUGCCAGUGAAUGAGUCCUCCCCAGAGUUCCUCCAUUGUGAGAAGGAGCGUCAAGCAGUGGAAAGACUCCUAAAUGCAGGACCUGAGGCCUUCUACAGCUCCAUCGGCACAGAGCAUGCUGGCGGAUUCCUGUCUCCUGAAGAGGUCAGCCAGAUAUCCAGCUGGGCUCAGGACUAUCGCUUUAACCCGCUGCAGGUGCAAAGAGAGGUGAAUGGAGAGGAUGGUAGCUCAGAGAUGGAGGACAUCUGUUCCACCUACUUUCCUUCCUACUCAGACACACCAGCCCCGAAUCUGGACAUUGGCUGGCCUGAAAGAAUCCUUUGGGUACCAAAGGGGAGUGUUACAGUGCACACCAGUCCUCCUGCUGAGGGGGAGCCUCCUGUCAGAGAGAUCAUCAGACGGCACUUGCAAAAAGCCAGCAAAGUAAUUGCCAUUGUGACGGACAGAUUGACAGAUGGUGCAAUAAUUGGUGAUUUACACAAUGCCGCCUCCCGGGGUGUCCCUGUUUACAUCAUCUUGAACCAAAGGUCCAUUCAGGAGAGCUUCACGCUCAACAGGCUCAGGCAUCCGAAUAUGCGGGUCCGUGUUCUUGGAGGGAAAACCUUUUGUUCGAGGACGGGAAGAAUGGUGGUUGGGGAAAUGAAAGACAAGUUCCUUCUGGUGGAUUUAGCCACAGUGAUUCACGGCAGCUACAGCCUCACAUGGACAGACGCCCACCUGCACCGGCAGCUGAUCACUGUUUUGAGCGGCCCAGUUGUUGACUCAUUUGACAUGGAGUUCAGAAUCCUUUUUGCUGCUUCACUCCCCGUCCCCGACACUUGGAGGGCUGCAGGUAUUCGUGUUGACGAUGCUCAUCAGCUGAAAGACCUCUCAAAUCUCAGGUUUCAAAAACAUCUCCCUUUGGAGCCUGAAAUUACCAGCCCUCCAUCCCCACCUGCUGAUUCCCUCCUGGACUGGGAGGCCAUGGGGGUUAUCCAGAGAGACCGCUGCUUCCCGGACAGUCCUCUUGAUCAACCUGCGGAAAUUGUGGCCAAGGAAAUGCCAUUGCAGCAAAACAUGCUGUUUGAUAAAGGCACACCCAUUUUUCCUUACAAUGGAAAUCAAUUUUUGUAUAAGAGAAGGUUAAGUGAUAACAUCUCCCCAGUGACAAACAAUGUGCCAGAUAAAUCAACAAAUUUCAACAACACGCCGCCCUCGUCAACAGACCCGACAAGUCCAGAAAAUAUGAAACGGGUGGAAUGCAUAAUACAGAAAAAUCUUUCCAGGCAACUCUCCAAAGAGAAGAGCACCAACUUAGAUGACAGAAGAAGAGUUGAUGAUAAAGCUACAGAGCCAGCACACAAUAUGCCCAUACUUUCUUCUACUAAGAGGAGAGAGCACUCAAAGAGGGAGCCCGUUUUGGAAGAGGAAAACAGCAAAAAAACAAGCUCAAAAAUGGAGAACACACCAUCUUCUAGAAAACCUUUAAUCCUGAGGGUGCCGCAGUCUGAGAGCUUCAGCUCUCUGAGUGACAUUAUGAAGAAGAUUCACCCUCAGCCGAGCUCUUCUGGGCUGCUCAAGGGAGGAUCAAGAGCUGCUGUGUCCGAAAUGAGCCAGUCGAUGAUGGACUUGAGCAUACACACAGAUACAAAUGAUGAGAGAGCAGUGCCCAGGUUUAAAGCUGGUGGCUUUGAUCCGGGUCAAAUGACACCUGCUUUUGCCCUGAUGAAGAAGAGGAACGAUGACUUGAAACAUCUAUUGUACAGAACUCCAAAAAACUUUAUGCCCAGAGAGAGGCCUCGCAGCUCCAGUUAUGCCCUCAAUAUGAACUGGAGGAAGUCACUGGCAGAGACAGAAGGAGAACCGGAAUGAGGAGAGAGGAAAUCAGAAAUAUUAGCAUUGAGCACAAUGUUGUGCCAGUAAUAACGUCUUCUGUCACUGAAGAACGGCUGCUUCUAGCAGUGGGUGGUUAUGACCUCUGUAGUGUUUGUUACGAUGUAUAUAGACUAGUUCUGUCUGUUGAUUUAAUGUCCCACUGAAUUUGAUGAUUAGAUGUUUCACUGUAUACUCCAUACAUUGUGUUUGAUGCCAU